AGAAGAAGAAGAAGAAGAAGAAGAAGAAGAAGAAGAAGAAGAAGAAGAAGAAGAAGAAGAAGAAGAAGAAGAAGAAGAAGAAGAAGAAGAAGAAGAAGAAGAAGAAGAAGAAGAAGAAGAAGAAGAAGAAGAAGAAGAAGAAGAAAUCUGUCGCUGUGAUUCCGGUACCGGAGCUCCGUUCCUCUGAACAGACCGGAUAGUUUCGGUGUUUCUGCCGGUAAACGGCCUGAAAUGAAACGUUAGAGGACAGGAGGGAAAGUGACGGAGCGACGGGGCCGUGAGCAGGUAAACCGAUCCGGUAAAGUCCCGGUGUAGCGGCCUGCUAACGGCAGCUAGCUGCAGCUAGCUGCCGUUAGCCGCCGUUAGCUCCGUCACUCUCCUUUGUCCCUGAAAUCUCGCUCAGUCCCCUCACCCCCAGCAACUCCGCUCUACCUGCCUCCUGACGUCACACCACACCCCGCUGUGACGACAUACAGUCUUCACUAUGCUCUCUCGACCGCUGCCACUCAAUGAGAGUGAUGAAGGGGGGCGGGGCCUGGUAGCUGUGACCCCACCCCCUGCUCUCCCAUUGGCUGAUGAGGACAAUGAAGAUGACACACAAACAGGAUUUUUCUCUCCUCUUGCGCCUCCAUGGAGCUCCUCCUCUUCCUCCUCCCCUUCUUCUCCUCCUCUUCCUGCAGUGGAGACAGCAGCUCUUUCUCCUCCCUCUUAUUUCUCUGCUUCUCUUUUCUCCUCAGCUCCUCCUCCAUCUGUUUCUCCGUCUACUCCUCCUCCAUCUGUCUUUGUAGCUCCUUCCACCUCUUCUGUUUUUUCUCCUCCUCCUGUAGCUCGUUCUCCUUCUUUUCCUCCUCUUCCUCUCUCUGUUCCUCCUUCGUCUUCCUCCCAUGUUUCUCCUCUUCUCCCUACAUCCCUCCAUCGUUCAGCUAGUUCUGUGUCUUCUCCUCCUGCCCUCAAUCCUCUUCCUGCUGUGUCCCUCCUUUCUUCUCCUCUCACUUAUUUCUCUCCUUCUCUUUUCUCCUCAGCUCCUCCUCGUCCUCCUCUUCCUUCCACCUCUCCUGGCUUUUCUCCUGUUUCUUCAACUCCUUCAGUGUUUUUUCCUCCUCCACCUGCUCGUUCUUCCACCAUGACUCCUUCACCUCCUUCUGUUUUCUCACCUCCUGUAGCUCUGUCUGUUCGCCCUCCUCCUCCCUCUAUUUCUCCUUCAUCUUCCUCCCAUUGUUCUCCUCCUCUCCCUGCAUCCCUCCAUCCUCUAAUACCUUCGAUGUUGUCUCCUCCUUGUGCUCCUUCUCCCUCCUCUUUUAUCUCUCCUUCUCUUUUCUCCUCAGCUCCUCCCCUCCAUCCUCCAUCUGUCUUUUUAACUCCUUUCACCUCUGUACCUUCUUCCCAUGUCUCCUCUGCUCCUCUCUCUGCAUCCAUCCAUCGUCCUUCUAUCUCCAUGUUGUCUCCUUGUCCAGCCUCUUCUCCUGCUGCACCUCCUUCUUCUGUGCAUCUUUCUCCUCUUUUCCCUUCUGCUCCUCUUCCUCCUCAUCACUUCCCCUCUCCUCCUCCUCCCGUCUCCUCUCCUCCUUCAGUAUUUUUCACUCCUCCAACUUGUCAGAUUCUUUCUACCUCCUCUCCUCCUGUUGCUCCACCCCUCUUUGCUCCUCCUCCUCCUGCCCCUUGUUGCCCCUGCUCGGCCCUCCUGCCCCGCCUCCUGUCGGCCCACCGGUUGGAGGUGCGUCGCCUCCUGCGAGGAGCCGUGGCUUCGCUCGGCCGCCGUCUGGAUGCUCUGGAGAGGAGGAGCAGGAGCAGGAAGUGGAGGCCGACAGAAAGCUCCUCCCACCAUAACUGUAGCCACGCCCACCUCCAACACUCAUCACCAGACAGUGAGGUGGCCAUGCCCCCUCUGUCCUCCGCCCAAUCACAGCAGAGAAGGAAGAGAAGGAGGACUCACAGAGGAGGGGAGUUUACUGAGAACAGAGAGGAGGAGGGUGGGAGGUUUGUGGGGAGGAUGGAGUUCUCCUUCAGAGGAGGAGGACAGGAGGAGCUGCUGACGCUGCACAGCUACACCCAGAAGAAACGGAGAAGAAGAGAGGAGGGAGGAGCCAGCCAAUCAACGAAGACCAUUAGUGUCAUCAUGAGGAAGAACGGCUGCAGCUGGCCCCGCCCCUCUUCCCAGCAUGCCGUGCACAUCCUCCCGUCAUCUCGCUGUGGCUUGACCUUCAGCCAAUCGGGGGCCUUUAUGAUCUCCGCUGACCAAUGGUGUUUCUCUGGCUGGGACCCUCCCUUCUCCCUCUCCUCCAAUCACAGUGCUUCCCGCCUGCGGCUCCGCUCCUCCUCCUCCUUUAACUCCGCCCACAUGCUACGCCUGUCAGCUGUUACCAUGGAGAAGAUGUUGGAGUCGGUGAGGGGUCAAGCUUGUUGGAGGCCCCUGCGGCCCCUGAGGGACUGGACGGCCCCGCCCAGUCUGAGCAACGACCACUGUUACAUUCGAGCGGCUUCGUCCAGCUCAGCGUUUUCCGUCCGGAGACAGCAGAAACAGCGAGCCAAUCACAGCGCUCAGAGCUUCCGUCUGCUGCGACGACGAACCCCGCCCCUCCCUGCAUGCUCAGCCAGCGGACUGCCUGUUGCCCUCCCUGUUGUCCGAUCAGCAGCAGGUUCAGGGUUCCUCAGCACCAACGGAGAGCGGAGUAAACGAGUGUCACAGAUCCGAAUCCGUCGGGCGUCACCUCGAGAAACGCUGCUCACACCCAUGGGUCUGCCGAAGGUGAAAAGAUUAAAGAAGAAAGAGUUCAGCUUGGAGGAGAUUUACACCAACAAGAACUACAGAAGUCCCUCCCCCAACAGGAGUCUGGAGACCAUCUUUGAGGAGCCACGUGAGAAAGACGGAGCACUGCUCCUGAUUGGUCAGCAGAGACGGCGACGGCUCCUCCUCUUCCCUGACUUCACUCAGCCCAGGAAGAGGAAGAGGCCGCAAGGGGUGGGGCUUCCUGUUGCAAUGGCACCAAGGAAACGGGCGGCGGCCCGGCGUCAUUGCCACGGCGACACUGAUGACGUGGACCUGGACGUGAUGUUGGUGGAGCGACUGAGCGCGCUCGAAGACUUUCUGAUGCGACAGGGCCUGGAGGUGUGACAUCAUUUCCUGUCAGCUGACUGAAGGCCAAAUGAACAGAGCUGCUAGCAUGGCUGCUAGCAUGGCUGCUAACGCGGUUACCAUGGUGACGGCGUGUGUAGGAUUUACUUUGUUGUUUUUUUGCAGUGUAUGUGGUAUUUUCCAUUUUUUACAGUGUUGGAUACUGAAAUGUGAAAUGCUGGGAUAUUUAAUAUACUAAUUCUGUUUACAGAACACGCCCCGUGUAGGAGGCCACACCCCCUCUAGGACAUGUUUUACUUUAGUCCAGUUUCAACACAUACAGACCCCCCACUGUUCUGGAGUACUCAGCCAGUACUCUACUGUGUAGUACCAGAGUACUCACUCAGUACUGUGUCAGUAUUGUGCAGUACUGCUGGCUGAGGUGUUUGGAGUUUUUAGGCUGUAAUAUAUUUUUUUCUGAUGAGAAGGUGUCUAUUUUUGAAACAAAUAAAAGUUUCUGCUCACAAA